GCGAGGGAGGGAGGGGGGGGAGACGAGUGCACAUAGACAGACGGAGCAAGCAAGAUAGAUAUGUAGGAGAGCUAGAGCAAGAGAAGAAGAAAAAGAUCGAGCACACAAGAAAGACAGCAAGAGAGAGGGUGGGAGUGAGAGCACCAGAGACAGAGGAAGAUAUAGAAAGAGAGAGAGACGGCUGUGUGUUUCCUCAGCUGUUUUACCCGAGGCCAUGGCAGGCAUGGCGUCGGAGCCAGUCACCCAGUCCAGGGUGAUGUUCCAGUCCGCAGAUAAAAAAGAGGAGCAUACGCAUCGCAAACUGGGCAAGCUGACAGUCAAAUACAACCGCAAGGACCUGCAGAGGAGGCUGGAUAUUGAGGAGUGGAUCGACAAUCAGCUGCACCUGCUCUUCGACUAUGAGGAGGAGGAGAUCACAGAGUUAGAGAUUGACAUAGAUGAGCUGCUGGAGCUAUCUGACACGGAGCAGAGAUCCAGACUGCAGGAGUUACUGCAGGAAUGUGAGAAGCCAAAAGAGGACUUUAUCAAUGGGCUGCUUUAUCGGAUGAAGGGCCUACGCAAAAUGUCAGGGCCCCUGAAGAAAUAAUAAUAGGUCAAAUCAAGAAUCGAGACAAUGUGAAGCGCCCCAGACUCCGCGACCCACCCCGUCAUUACCUGGUAUUUUGGAUGUCUCUCUGUGCAGUUGCAUGUUAAUGGGACCUUCUCUCUGCACACAUGGGUCAAUGUUGGUCUGUAAAGAGAACAGUGGGUUUUGAUUGGUGUUUUAUAGAACAUUAUUUAUGGACAGUUUAAACAUUUUGAUUCCCCUCAAUUAAAAUAAUGCACCAGUAGUAAAAUGUAUUGUCUAUUACUCACAUGGAAUGUUUUUGUGUCAGACUGUACAUUUUUGCUUGCCUACUUAUGUACAUAUAUUUUUGUUCUGAUAAGUGUUUGUCAAUAAAAGCAACAUUUUUGAGACAAGUCUCUGGAUGUAUA